AUGGGAUUUGAGAAGGCCGGAGCUGAAAGAAAGCUGCAACUACAAGAAUUAGAGAACCUUCGCGUAAAAGCAAAUGAUAACUCCAGGCUAUACAAAGAGAAGAUGAAGGUUGUGCAUGACAAGCACAUCAAAAGGAGAGAGUUCAGACCUGGGGAAUUAGUUCUCCUUUACAACUCCAGACUGAGGCUCAUGUCAAGCAAGCUGAGAUCAAGAUGGGAAGUUCUCUAUAGAGUAGAGAAGGCAGAGCCAUACGGAGUCUUUCACCUGAGUCGUCCUUCAAGCUCCAAAUUCAUCAAGGUCAAUGGACAUCGCUUAAAGAUGUACCAUGGUGAGAAGAUGAAGAACAACAAGGAGCUAGAGAUCUUUCUCUUGGAGAUCCACCAACAGCAGAAAACUGAGCUGGUGGACCGUCCAACUUAA